GGCCAAUUCAGAUUUUCAGUAUCAAGCCUGCAGACUGCAAAUGCAUUGUUUGUGACUGUUGUUAUGAACGAUAACAAUGGUGCCACUGUAUAACGCUGAGGUGCCGCAUGCCGUCAUGGCUCGUUUGACCACUCCCAGAGCCACCAUUUCUCUACCACAGAACAGUCGGUCCUCAGGAAAGCCGUGGCAUUCCACUUCGACGAGGUUACUGAGUACCUUACCCUUCUCACACCGUUUCGCCACACCUCUUUUUUCGACAGUUCGAGAAGCAAGUAUUGCAACCCCCCUCGCUCGGCGUGUCUCCGAAUCCGCAACUCCCAUUACCCGUUCGUCUAUCGAUCCUCUAAACAGUCCGAUUCGACGCAAUGGUGUGUGCACUGUGGCCUUCAAAUCCUCUCAGCGUGCAUUUCAUGCCUCAGUUGUGCGAUGUCGCGAUCACCACUUUGAUACCUUGAAAUUUGUUGAACGUCUGAAGCGUGAGGGCUUCAGCGAGGAGCAGGCUGUCGCCAUGAUGAGAAUCCUAAAUGAUGUUAUUCAAGAGUCGAUCCAGAACCUGACGAGGACGAUGGUCCUGAAGGAAGAUGCAGAAAGAUCUACAUAUACUCAGAAAGUUGACUUUGCGAAACUUCGUUCGGAGCUUCUUAACUCGGAUUCGACUGAAGCUCAGUUAACACGCUCUUCCCACGAAAAGAUCGCCGCUGACCUUGCGAAACUUAAUUCACGCCUUCGUGAUGAGAUUGGGCGCACACAAGCCUCUGUUCGCUUGGAUUUGAACUUGGAAAAAGGCCGAAUCCGUGAGGAGGCAAAUAGCCAGGAAAUGCGUAUCAAGGAGACAGAAACUAGGAUUGAACAGGAAGUUGCAGGAUUGAGGGAGCGUGUGGAAGCCGUCAAAUUCUCUACUUUACAAUGGCUCAUGGGUGUUUGUACCGGUACUGCAGCUCUCAUCCUCGGUGCUUGGAGGUUGUUUAUGUGAGAAUUGCAAAUUUAAACCGGACACGGAAUAUCCUACGCUUGAGAUAAAGGAUUAUGCGGUUAAUACUUUCGAGCUACUUACUCUGACGUGCUCUGGUAUCGUAAUUGCCCUAAACAGAUACACCAGCGAGGGCUCUUACGAUUCAAUUUGUUCCUCGAGCAGUCCACUUGUCUGGGGGUCUUCCCUGGGACACCUUCAGGGCCUUGGGUCUUGAGGCAUUUCCAAUGCCCAUGUUGGAUACAAUGCACAUUGCCAUCAGUUUCUGGUGAGGCAUUUGAAUUAAUUUUGAUCGACGUCUAUUGGAUUGCGAAUCCGCGAAUGGCGAUAGCGGACGGCCACGUAAGCUAUCUCUAUAUCUGACCCCUUAUUCUUGUAUAAUUGUAUUAGAUGUUCUACAAUGUAUGAUUUGCAGUAGAUGAUACACUGAUAUUAUAAUCUGCAUUAGUCAGGGGUACAACCCUCUCUGGCUUGAAGUUUAAGAGGCAUCUUGAAAAGUGUUUUAAAAAAAAGAAUAGACUGUGAACUAAUGAGCAGUGAACAAGACAAAAGUGAGCCCAGGCUAAUAUGAUAUGUACAAUAUUCAUGAGGUGCUUAGGCACUUUGUGGGUACAGUUUUAGGGUUGUAUCAAGUUAUUAUAGAAAUGAACUAUUUUGAUCGA